AUGAAUAACAUUAAAGAAAUCUUUGUUCUUGAAGGUUUUCGAAAACAAAGCCCGAUCAAAAAUUCCCUGGAAUAUUUUCAUCAUAACUUUAUAAUGAGCCCUCUUGAUGUUAUUUUAAUUUGUCGUAUUUUUAUGAUUGGACAGCUCCCCGAUGAGCAUAAAUAUUUGUUCACAAGUGCUCCUAAUUAA